GCCUCUAGCCGGCGCGGAGCUCGCCGGGAGUCGUAGUCCGGCGCGGGGGGGGGGGCGCAGGCCGGGUAAGAUGGCGGCGCCGGAGCUGCUGUCGGACGAGGGGUACCGGGCGGACGGUCGCCGUCCCGCCGAGCUCCGUAAGAUCCGCGCCCGUAUGGGAGUCUUCGCGCAGGCCGACGGCUCGGCCUACAUCGUGCAAGGCAACACCAAGGCGCUGGCCGUGGUCUACGGCCCCCACGAGAUGCGCGGCUCCCGCAGCAAGGCGCUGCCCGACCGGCGGGCGUUGGUGAACUGCCAGUACAGCGUGGCCACCUUCGGCACCAGCGAACGCCGGCGGCGGCCCCGCGGUGACCGGCAGACGGCGGAGCUGGCGCUCCAGCUCCAGCAGACCUUCGAGGCCGCCAUCCUCACCCAGCUGCACCCCCGCUCACAGAUCGACAUCUACGUCCAGAUCCUGCAAGCCGACGGCGGCAACUACUGCGCCGGCGUGAACGCGGCCACGCUGGCGGUGAUGGACGCCGGCAUCCCCAUGCGGGACCUACGCGUCUGCGCCUGCUCGGCCGGCCUGGCCGAGGACACCCCCCUGGCCGACCUCAGCUCCCCCGAGGAGGCGGCGGGGGGACCGCGGCUGGUGCUGGCGCUGUUGCCGGCGUCGGGGCAGAUCGCCCUCCUCCAGCUCAGCGCCCGCCUGCACCAGGAGCGGCUGGAGGCGGCGCUGGAGGCGGCCGGGCAGGCCUGCCGCGCUCUCCACGCCGUGCUGGACCGGGUGGUGCGGGAACGGCUGCGGGAGGUCACCGCGCUGCUGGGGGACUGAGCGGCACCGGCCGCUGCCACGGCGAUGCCGGGGGGGGGGGGGGG